UGGCCAGGCUGGGAGCAAGUAUACCCGCGUCGAUGUGGAAAGCGGGGACGCCGACGACGGCGGCUUUGACGACCUGCAGCCGCGGGACAUGAACGGGGACCUCGCCGAUGUUGGUUCGGUAAGCUCGCUCCCCUCGACCGAGCCGUACCAUUCGCCAGCCCCUUCGAACAGGAGCCGGCCGCCCGUUGAAGUCCCCCCGGCUCUCGGGAAGCGGCAGAUGCAGUUCUUUCGUGAUUUAUUCAGUGGUUUCGAAGCGAAGACGGAGCAGUGCCAGCAGGCCAUGCUGGAUAUGUCCACGAACCUCCACACCUCGAUGGGUAAGAUCAGCCAGGAUCUACAGAGCACCCAGGCGCAUGUCGCCGAGCUCCAGGAGAGCAGGAGUAUCGUGGACGCCGAGCUCGCGAAGAUCAACGGGCGCUGCGACCAGGCGGACACGGACAUCAAGCUGCUGCAGCGGACGGUCGCUGUCCCCCAGUCCGGUCCGCCCCGCACUGCUGAGGAGAGGCCGCACACCACGCCGUGGUCCCAGCGUACGCAGGCCAUGCUCGGUAACCUUGGCUGGGACGACACCCCGGACACGAUCGUGGAGCGAGCCAAGACCGUCCUGGAAUCGGCUCGCGUCCCGGGGGAGUCCUACAAGAAUCUGAAAGCUUCUUUCCGGGGUUCAGGCUCGGCGGCAGAGCUCGAGUUUGGGACGCCGCAGUUGCUUCGGGAAGCCGCGAAGAAGGUGGAGGACUUGGAGAAGUCUUUCCGCACGGUGGAGGGCAAGCCCAAGCCGGUUUGGCUAGCUCCCCAGAAGUCCAAGGAGGAGCUGAAGCCAUCAAAGAUGGUGCGGAAGAUGGCUGAUUUCAUCCAGGAGGUGGAGUCCUACCGCGAGGACGGCUACAGCACGGAGAAGGUUCAGGUUUGCCAGAGGUCCAAGUCUGUCUCCAUCCAAGGCUUCGGUCGCAUCGGGACCGUCAACCAGGGCACCGUCACGUGGGCCUGGUCGGUGAAGGCGCGGUGCCGUUACGACGCCACGGACCUCUCGCGCCUCAAAAUCGUCUCCCUCAACGCGGGGGCUGCCCUGAACUCCAAGACGGGCAUCCUUGCGUUCGUGGAG